UCAGCCAAUGGGUGCGCGCGCGGCGUCAGUCGGCACACCGCCCGGGCGGGCGCCACACGACCGGAAUCUGCGCAAGCGACAGGCGACGCGAACAAAUAUAUUUUCAGUGAAAUAAAAAACGCGAAUCCGCCAACGACCCCCGCAAUACGCACGCGCAAGAUUCUGUGAAACCAAUACGAGCUUAUACGAGUCCGAGUGCAUAUCGUCUGACGGCGCACAACGAAAGAGCGAUAAAGGGUCGAAGGGCCCUCCAACGAAACGAAUCGAGCAAGGCCCCUGUCCCUCGGAAAUAAAAUCGCUCUGUCUCUGUCAGGCUAGCUCCUGCACCGCUCUAAGUCGUUUCAAACGAAUCUCGAAAUUGCCCCCUUUCAGUGGCCACGACUGGGGGCCUUAGUGUAUAUGAGGAUAGAUCUCUAUUGUGACGUCACAAUCAUUGUGAUAAACCUAGCUUCGCUUAGUGUACACGCGCACUUGUACAUUGCCCGUAUAUUUUUUUUAAUUUUAUACACAUAUUUGUACAUAUUCAAACUAUCGACAUUUGUAACUAUUAAACUAGUCAUUCAUCUAGUGUAUUUAUUUAUAAUCGGAUAUAGAUAUAUUGAAUUGUAUAGGGUUAUUCUAAAAGGAAUCUAGCGAUCACCCAAAGAUAUAUAAACCGUCCAGUCGCACAUAUAUCAGAAUGCAGGCUCAAAUGGGUGUGGGGAGUGAGCUUCAGAGGAGCUACAGGAUGCAGGACUUCGCCAGCCCCGGAGUUAUCAUGAGAGAGAGGAGCUUUAUCAGGCCGCAGUCGCACCACAACAUGCAUCAUAACCAGUUUCCGAACAAUGGGAAACGGCGGAGUAUGAUCCUGACGAACGCCAAGGGUAAACCGACUCUCGAAAUCUAUAGACCGCCAGGUGUCCGCACAGACGGCGUGGCGACCACGGCGGCCACGACGCCCACCACGCCCACGGCUGGGAACAAGCUGAACGUGCACGCAAAGGAGUUCACUAUGGCCAAGCCGACAGACCUUCAUAAUAGGUCGUCUGUAGGCCUGGGGUACACGAGUGUGGGUCUGCAGCACUCGCGGUCGGUGGUGCUGCACGCGCAGGUGCCGCCACACUUCAGACCGGUGAUGCCGCCGCACGCGUUACUCACGAGCGCCUCUAGCGGCAAUGUGCCGCACGCCAACUCGGGCCCUCGGGUUCAUUUUAAACUCCAGCCGCAGCAGAUCAUUCAGGAGAAGAAGAAGUCACCGCCGUCCUCGCUGUCGAACGGCAACGGGAAGAGCAUCAGGCCGCAGUCGUUCACGCCGGGGCUGAAGCGCUCCAAGUCUCUGACCACGGCUGACACGCUGGCCAGUGGCAUGGCAGCUCUGGGCCUGGCCGCUGACGCCGGGGACCUUGGCAACUUCCCCCCCGAGAUCCAGGAAUGCAUUGACAAGGCACUGGAAGACCCGAACGCCGUGUGCGCUCGUACUCUGAUGGAUGCCGUGGGUCACCUGAUCUCCCGCGCGGUGGAGUCUCCGCGGUACGCGCUACCAGCAGCUCGGCGAUGUAUCGCGGUAGUGGAGAGAGAAAACACGGAGACGUUCCUCGAGUCUCUGUUGAACACGUGCCAGCAGUGGUACCACGACAGGGAUAAGUUGCUGGGUGCUGUGGUGAGCGGCGGCCGUCCUCGUCUGAUGGCCUUCCUGUCGUUCUUGCUGGAGAUGUACUGCCAAUUGCGGCGGCGGGCCAUCCAGCGCCGCGGACACAGCGCGCCGGGACACGUGCUGCUCGCGCUCAUCUGCAAGUGCUGUGAGGACUGCAUCCGACAACCGGUGCCUUCACCCAGCGACACGGAGAAUCUGUUCUUUGUCCUGACGUACAUUGGCCGGGAUCUCGAAACGCAGCUGCCAGGUGACCUGGAGCGCCUGCUGUCGGCCGUCCGUGACGCGUUCAUCAACACGGCCGCCGCCCCCUCCAUACGACGCACUCUACUCCAGCUGAUCGAGCUCCACGCGUCUCGCUGGCAGCUGCCCGGCUGUGCGGUGCUCUACUACUACCCCUCCUCCAAGUAGACGGAACACUCAUGUAACAUAUAUUCAUAGUAUAUAGGACUGAUGUAGAGUCUAUGUAUAGCGUUUGAGACGGGUAGAGUGUACGGCGUCGCCAGUAUUAUGAAGCUGCGGAGGCGAUCACGUGACUGUCGUUAGACGGAGGGAUUAAUGUACAUAUUAAUCUAACAGAGGCCGCGGAGAGUCGAGGGCGAUCCUCGUCUCGUCUCGGUCUCGUGGACCAUGUCGAUGGUAUCGUUGAAUGCUGCGGUGGUUCAAGUUGGCGUUGUAUUGGAAAAGUUUUAUCAUAAAUUAGUUUGUGCGUUUAUUGUAUAGAGAAAAGUGCGUAGAAUGAUUAUUCAAUUUUAAUAUACGAGCCGUUUAUAUGGCGUGUAGUCCACGUGCUAAUAAUAUAAUGAAUUAAUAUACAGGAUGUAGCUAACGAAGUAGUCCAGUAGUGAUGAAAUGACGGUAGGUCGCGUAACUUUGAUAUGAUACUAACAAUUGUAUGAAUAAUUGUUAUUAAUAGCAUUGUAUUAUUUAUAUACACGUUAGUGGGAAGCAAGAGCUUUUUAAUUUUGGUUUAAUUAAUAAGAGCAUCUGUUCACCUUAUUAUAAGGAUGUAUCUUUAUUAGUAAGUCGUCUAUAAACGUGUCGGAUGUAAGGUCAUGAAAUAUUACUUUGUUUCAAUGACUGCAUAAUGUUUACAUAGUGACACGUUUAUAUGUGUAUACAAUACAUGUACUGGACGUUUGUAUUUGUUGUGGAGACAAUAUUAAUAUACACUAAUGAUAUCUUCGUCCGCUCAUCGGAAUGUGUGAAACGCUGUCGCUAUGUCUAUGUCGUAUCUGUAAGUUCCUGAACUGUUAUUGUAUUGUAGUUUAUUCUGUUACGAACAAGGAGGAGGGUAAGUAUAUAUACCAUAAAUGUCUGAGUGUAUUUUGUUUAUCUUUGAAGUUAGUUAAAGCAUUUUAAUUGGAUGUUUGGUAUCGUUUGAAUAUUUGUGAUCUGUUGUCAUUAAUUUGUUUCACGGCUUACGUAAUUAGGCAUUAGCCAUAAGCUCAUUACACUGUGCCUUAAUAUACAGGCUUUUAUAUUAAAAACAUAUUCGGCUAUUUUAUACAAAGAUUUAUUAUGAAUAAAUUGUAAAUGGUAUACAAGAUUAGUUUUAAUGUUGAAUAAUAAUAAGAGAUAUAUACCUAGAAGUAUUAAAAUGUUUAGUGACAAACUAACUAUGUACCUUACUGUACGGUGAUCGCAUAGUACUCGGUUCAAUGGCCCUUUGUCUGCUGCUCCUUCACUUAAUAAUACUAUGUCGGUCUAUAGCCUGUUAGUUUAAAACUAACUAACUAACAUAUUAAACUCUCAAUAGUCGCAUAAUGUAAUAAGUUUGACUGAGAUUGUGCUGGAGAUAUGCUUGUGAUAUAAUAAAUGUAAGGUGGUGCAUCUUUGUCUUAACCAAAGACUGGGUUCUGUAGAUGCUUUCUGAAUUACUGUUGAAGAUGGACCAAAUUCUCGUUUGUUUUCGUUUCUGGUAAGUGAUGAAUAAUAUAUUUUUAGCUAUAUAACCUUAUUUCAUUAAUGUUAGCUGUGUGUGCGAUCGAUGCGUCCACACAAUAAAUAACGAACUAAUUAUAAUGUUAAGAGCUAUGUUGUAUGUUACUGAGCAGACCCUGAACUGUAUCAUUACUGCAUUCAUAAACAUUAGGUUAUAUUUACGUUUUUAUAAAAGAGAAAAUGCAAAAAAAAGUGGUGCUAACAAAUGAAUUGGUGUAUUAUAUUUAUUUUAUAUUAAUUGGAUACGGGCAAUAACGUUAUUCUCGUAACAGCUGUAUUUCUGUACUAUGCAAAAAUAAUAAAAAAUAAAUUAAAUACAAAAAA